AUGUGUGCCCAUUCCCUUAGUGUGCUCAUUGAGAGGUGCAUAUAUGAGGUUCCAGAUAAGUACAUUAUGCUGAGAUGGAGAAAAGAUUUGGAAAGAGGGUACACAUGCAUUCCAACGACAUACACGAAAUCCGGGGCUGCCCUCAAUGCAAAGGUACAUGAUAACUACCACGAGAUAUUGGAUGAAAUUAUAGAAAUUACUUCCAACGAUGAUGGUAAACACAAAGCCAUUCAACUUGGGUUGAGAGAAAUCAAGGAAAGAGUAAGAAAAAAUGAAUCUAGUUGUGCGAGUAAUGUGCCACCUUCUAGUAGUACCGUCCCACCUUGUAGUAGUAAUGUGCCACCUUCUAGUACUACUCGCAAGGUGCUUAGUCUUUUGGUUGCUCGCCGAAGAGGCCGUCCAUGUACGAAACGGAAGGUGAGUAAAGUGGACGAAAUAGUGCAUCAGUUGAAGGGAAAGAAUAAAAAGGCACCAAAAGUCCAGGGUCGUAAGAUGGGUUAA